UAUUUUUUUUGUGUUAACCUACGUUUGUAUCAUUGAACGACUUUCGUAUUGGAGCUCCUCCAUUUUGUGCCUGUGUUGUUUCAUAUGUUCGGUGGUUAUUGUUAGCCUUUUCAAUAAAGUUGCGAGUGUUCGACGUAAAUGUGCCGUGAUAAAUUGUCUCAAAAAUUUCAACUAUUGAAUAAGAUUUUCGAUCCAUGAAAAGAUAUCAUUUCAAAAAGCAACACUCGAAAAUAGAUGUGCUGAAAAGAAGUAUGUGUGUUAACUUAAUAAACUACUAUUAAAUUUGUGUCAUCUCGGAAGCGAGUUCAACCCUAGCUGAGAGUGUGUUGCAUCUGUUGCUGCUGCUGCUAUCUCCAGAUGAUACUGUAACAAGCAUCAAAAAUUUAUAGAUCAAAAAGUGAAUAGCAACAAAAAAAACAUCAUACAACAUGGGCGAAGUAAAAAUUCAAGUGUUCCGACCAACGUGGGAAGAGUUUAAGGAUUUUGCCAAAUACAUUGAGUACAUCGAAUCGCAGGGUGCGCAUAAGGCCGGAUUAGCUAAGAUUAUUCCACCACCGGAGUGGAAACCUCGAAAAAAUGGUUAUGAUCUCGAUGGGCUCAACCUUACCAUACCGGCUCCAAUAUGUCAAGUGGUUGCCGGCAAACAAGGACUUUAUCAGCAAAUCAAUAUCCAGAAGAAUGCCCUCACUGUGAAACAAUUUUCUGAAUUGGCCAACACGGAAAGAUACGCAACUCCUAAACACUUUGAUUAUGAGGAUUUAGAGCGCAAAUACUGGAAAAACGUUACCUAUGUGGCCCCCAUUUAUGGUGCUGAUGUAUGCGGGAGUAUUACUGAUGAGGACUGUAAUAUCUGGAACAUCAAUCGUCUCGGAACCAUACUGGAUUUCGUAAAUCAAGAUUACGGCAUCUCAAUUGAUGGUGUGAAUACCGCCUAUCUGUACUUCGGCAUGUGGAAAACCACUUUUGCAUGGCACACCGAAGACAUGGAUUUGUACUCGAUUAACUAUCUGCACUUUGGAGCCCCGAAGACGUGGUAUGCUGUGCCUCCCGAGCACGGUCGUAAACUGGAAAAGCUCGCGAACAGUUGCUUCCCAGCAAGCUUCAAAACAUGUGCCGCCUAUCUGCGCCACAAGAUGACCUUGAUCAGUCCCCAAAUUCUGAAGCAGCACAAUAUACCGUUCGAUAAAAUUACGCAAGAGGAGAAUGAAAUUAUGAUCACUUUUCCGUUCGGUUACCACGCUGGUUUCAAUCAUGGCUUUAACUGUGCAGAAUCGACUAAUUUUGCGAUGCCUCGUUGGAUCGAGUACGGGAAGAGAGCCACCCAAUGUUACUGCAGUUCCGAUAUGGUUAAAAUCUCGAUGGACACAUUCGUCAAGCGCUUCCAGCCGGAUAAAUAUGAAGCGUGGAUGAAUGGCACUGAUUUUGGUCCACAUCCGGAGGAUCCCUCCCAUAUAGUUGGACCACCGCCGAGAUUUGUAGACUGUGAGAAGGACGAGGGCAUAGAAUCUUUCACCGAAGAAGGUGAAAAAACUCCAAUGAAGAAGGCAUGCAACACAUCGACGACCAAUAUCCGCAAAAUGUCAUUCAAAGAGAAGAACCCUGAUUUGGAUUUGAAUGACAUUCAGAACAAUCCACACAUUCCAGAUGACGUGAAGAUGGUUCUAAGUGGAGCACUAACGAUGGGCGACGAAGAAGAGGUGGAAGAGGAUGCCGAAAAUGGCAAGUCUCCGAAUAAAUCCGACACCACCUCUGACAGCUUUAAGUCAUCGUCGUACGAUCCGUUCGAUUCCGAAGAGGACGAUGAGGAGGAAAGCAAUUCCAAAAAUAAAAAACGAAAAAAGAAAAAGAAAGCGGGAAGCGAUUACGACGAUGAUUGGUAUUCAUCGCAUGGAAAACGUCGAGUUGGGUCUCCCAGAAAGCGGAUGUCCCGAGAGCAGCGUGAAGCGAAAGUGGAAAGGGAGAAUAAACGGCAAGAAAGACGAGCGAAGCUGGACGAGAAGCGGCUGCGUCGUGAAGAAGAGAAAAAGGUUCGUGAGCAGGAACGAGAGCGGGAACGCCAGGAGCGACUAGAAAAGAAAGAACGAGAACGUCAGGAGAAAAAGGAGCUCCGCCAAUCGGAGUCUAAGAGAAAGGCAAUGGAGCGAAUGAACAAACCAAGGAGACCAUAUAAAAAGUCAACCAGCGGGACGUCACCAGUGAUGAGGAAGAUAAAGAAACAGUUAAUGAAGGAACUUCCGCCACCGCUGAAAAUGUUGGAGCAUCAUAAGAAGUUUGAAGGUAAGAUUCCACAUCUUAAGAAGGCCGGUGCCGAGGAUACCAGUGGCAACGGUGACAUCGUUGGUGGAGGUAACUGCAGUAGAAACGUCUCUGAUCCGAUUGUUGCAGGGAAGUCGAAUUUGCCACUACCAGCAUCCCUUACAUUAACUGUGAUAGACAGGCCUGGCGAUGGAAUGAAACGGGAACCCGGAGCGAGUCCGGUAGGACCAAAGCCUGUAACGCUUCCGCUGCAAGAUAGUAAUCUGGCCAAGAAAAUAAGCAGUAUUCCGCAUCUGGUGGUGAAACAAAUCGAUGCAAGUGAGGUGAAGAGUCAUAGUUCGUUCGCUUCGCGAGCCAGAACACCUCCGCCAUCCACGCCCCAGAUGGAAAAUGGGACACUAGGAUUCAAAGAACGAAAACCCAUAUAUCGACCAUCGUCCUACGUACCUCCGCCUGUUAAAAUUCCCAAGCCGCCCACACCAGUAAAACAGCGAACGGAUUACUUAAGCGCGUUCAACGCUUUUAUCGAAACAAGCAAACGACUGGAAUUACCACAAUCGUUACCCAAGAAGGCAACAUCAUUCAUGAAAUCUAAUCAGCCUCCGAAGCAACCGAUCGUCAGACAAACGGACGACUCUAUAGCGAUACCUCCGUUGAGACCAUCGGAAGUGAGAUCGUCUCCAGUUGCAAGCAGUGUGAUAGCGACUCCUGCUCAAAACACGGACGGACCUGCGCUUAACAGUCGAACAAUAAGAACUUCGGCAGGGAGCAUACAAAUUGUUGUUCGAAAACCGCCAGAGCCGUCAGAAGUUGUUAAGCAAGAACCUCAAAACCUACAAAUUGUUGCAUCUGUGGCUGCACCAAAUGCAAUUAGUAUCCAACACCAACCACCACAGCACCUGCUCCAUCAACAAGACGAGUUAGUGAUAGAGCAAGAAGUACAACAGUUUCGUUACUUUGACCCGGCUGGUAACGAAAUCCAAGCGCCCUGUCAGACUCCAGUGCUAUACAAUGAGCCAUUUGUCGAAUGUGGGCCUCUGGUUUCUUCUGGAAACGAAACCACUGCGAUGCUGAUCACCAGCAGCGAUCAUCAAGGGAAACCUGCUGUCAUGAACCCCGGCACCGGCUUCGUUUGGCCCAACAAUCAGAACCGUUUUCUGAAUGGACGAAUAGUAGAAUUCAACCAUUAGACUUAGCGAUUUUAUCUUAUCUCUUCGUUUUAUCAUUGUUCACUCUCACCUUAGCUCAAUAAGUAAUUCAGGACCCACCACACCAUCACAAAAGUUGUGCGUUGUAUAUAGGAAUUUGAGCCGUGUCGUUUGAAUGUCCCUUACUUUUUUUUUUAUUUUGCGAUCUUCAGUUAGUUGCUAUAUCUUUAGAGAGUGGUUAUUUUCCGAUUGGCAUCUGCAGCAUAUUAUAUUUUUUCGGUUCAGUUCAUUUACGUUUAGUUUUCUUUCGAUGAAAGAAAUAUAUAAGUUAUGAGGCAAGUGACUGAGAAUUAAUCUUUUUUUUUGUACAUUUAAUGCGACCCGAUAGGUAUUUCAAGUGCGAGUAGAUUGUGAGAACUAGCAUUUGGGAAUGUUUCCGUUGAGCGUUUCCAAUGAUAACGAUGGAAUAGUAUUGCUUCUGUCUUGUUUUAGUAUUAAACGAGUAAUUUAAAUAAGCGAAGUGCUUUUGUUUGUAUUACAGUAUGAUUUGAGAAAAUCCUUUUGUUGGUUUGUUUCCCAUCGGUUUUUGAGUUGUGAGUUUUGUGUGAUGUGUGUCGUUAAUUUAGAUGUAUGAAGCUUUUGUUUGAUGUAAUGCCAAUUGGGAAUUUAAACGAAUAUAUAUGGAAAACCAGUGUCAACAAUG